GUGCGGAAGCGCAGUCAACAUAAUACCACAGUUCUGUGAUACUGAAGUUAAUGUGGAUUAAUCGUGUUUUAGUGUGAUGUGAAAGUUUAAUACCGUGGGAUCAAUAAACGGAAGCAGUGUGCAGACUGUCCACACGCAGCGCCCAGCCAAUAACUAACACCUUACGUAAUUUCGAGUAUUUAAAAAGAGUAACAUUGUGUUGAAGAGUUGACUCUUGAGCACACCUGACUGACUGAAGUCCUGACAGGUGUCCUGCAGCAGACACUAUGUCCUGAUGGAGAACAUCCGAUCGCGUCUAAAUAUUGGGAAUAAAGUGGAAGAUGUGAAACUGCGGAAACGAAAAUCGCAACUAUACUCAAAGGAAGAUGAAAACAUUCUUAAGGACGGGGAGCUGAGAAGAGUGGUUCUGUUUUCUGUGGCCUUCAGACUGAUAAACUGCUUGCUGGUGCAGACCAGCUUCGUCCCUGAUGAGUACUGGCAGUCGCUGGAGGUUUCCCAUCGGAUGGUCUUCAAUUAUGGGUAUCUGACCUGGGAAUGGAAGGAAGGGAUAAGAGGAUUCACCUAUCCGCUCUUCUUUGCAUUCAUAUACAAGAUAUUACACUUCCUAAACUACGACUCAGUCUUUCUCCUGAUAUGGCUACCACGGAUGAUUCAAGCACUCUUCGCUGCUUUUGCAGAUGUAAAAUUCUUCUACCUCAUCCGAACUUUGGAAAGACAUGACGUUGCAAAAUGGACGUUCUUCUGCCACAUGUGCUCAUGGUUCUCUUGGUUCUGCUGCACCAGGACCCUCACCAACAGCACGGAGACCACCCUCACCUCUCUGGCUCUCUUUUACUUUCCCCUCCCAAGAUCCAAAACUCACAGCAGCAAAAUAUAUCUGAGCCUGGUCGCCCUGGCAGUCAUCGUCCGCCCCACGGCCCUGAUCGUCUGGUUCCCUCUGCUGAUGUACCAUUUCUGGCUGGAGCAUGACAAACUGAGGCUCAUCACUCAUACCGUUGUUCCUAUAGGAGCUGUGGCUGUUGUGAUUUCAACACUGAUCGACUGCAUAUUUUAUGGAAAGUGGACCGUGGUGCAGUUUAACUUCCUGAAGUUUAACGUCUUCCACGGUGUGGCAGAUUUCUACGGCUCUCACCCCUGGCACUGGUACUUCUCUCAGGGCUUUGCCGUGGUGAUCGGUCCUCAUCUUCCGCUCUUUCUUCACGGGUGCAGCCUCGCCUUCAAAAGAUACAAAAUCCUGCUGGCAGCGAUCGUCUGGACUAUCGUGGUCUACAGUUUGCUUCCUCACAAAGAGUUCAGAUUCAUCUACCCAGUGCUGCCUUUCUGUAUGAUCUUCUGUGGGAUAUCUCUGGCCAGUCUGAAAGCGUGGCGGCGAGCUGCUGCGACCGCCCUGUUGGUGAGCAACCUGCUGGCAGCGCUGUACACCGGGCUGAUCCACCAGCGAGGCUCUCUGGACGUCAUGAGCCGCCUGCAGACGCUGUGUGACGUCAGAAACAUCUCCACCAUGCAGCCGGACGUCCUGCUGCUCAUGCCCUGCCACUCCACGCCUUAUUACAGCCACGUGCACUGCCCGAUGAAGAUGAGGUUCCUCGAGUGUCCCCCGGACCUCGGAGAGGAAGGUCACGUCGAUGAAGCGGACCGGUUCUACGAGGACCCGCUUCACUGGCUCAGAACUUCAUUUCCGUACAAAUCUUCUCUACCAACCCAUCUGGUUCUGUUUGACGUUUUGGAGAAAGAAAUAUCCAUGUUUUUGCAGGGGAAUAACUUUGUGAGGACAGCAGAGAUGUUUCAUACUCAUUUCCCCGAGGGGAGAGUUGGAGGGAGCAUCUUUAUAUAUGAAAGGCACUGACACUGGAACAAUGGAUCCUGAAUGAGAUUGUAAAGACAUGAAAUUGCUACUGAAAUAAAUGUGGUGUGUCAUUUUUCCCUUCCAGUAAUUUCUUUCCCAACACUACACACAAAUAAAAA